CAUUGCCCUCAUUUCGAAUUCAUAUUUUUCACCUAUGUCUCAUAUUUACCAUGGUGACCUUGGUCCUCCCCCGCAGUACGAGGGGUUGUAUUCAUCGGCGCCGGCCCCAGCGUCGUCGCAAAACACAUACGUGCCACCCCCAGUUGCUAGCCAGAGACAGCAGGGAACCCAGCCACUAGUACGCAAGCGGUUUUCUUCGGCUGAAGACCGCAGGCUGCUGGAUGAGUAUGUGCCGUUAUACAAAGGAUAUGUCGAAGAGGGCCAUAGCGUGUAUCACUGGGAAGUCGACAACUGGACUGGCCUUCCCAGUGCCGCGUGCAGUCCAACCUUUAUGGCUGCGGGCCAGGAGUUUCAGAUAACUGUCCACAGGAACGACGGCCACGCUGGUAGUCAUGUCUCUCUGUACCUCAUGUGCAUGCCCACUGAGACCGACGGCUCUGUCCCCCAUCUGUGUGCGUAUUUCAGCCUCGUCAUGUCGAAUUUCACAGACCCAUUGUACAACCAAAAGCAGGCUUUUGAGGUCCGCUUUACGCCACAGCAGAUCCAAAUGGGCCAGACCGAGUUUGCCAACCAGAAUCGCCUGCACACAGCCCAGCACCAGCACGGCCGGCCGAUCAUUGAAAACAACUGCGUGCGGAUCAGCGCGUAUGUGCGCGUAAUCGAGGAUGAAGCCGGUACGCUUUGGGAAGAUGUAGAUAAAGCCGAUGUCUACCCGUCGGCCGAUCCAGUUGGAUCUACGGGUACUGCAGACUACCCGUUCCUGAACUCUCUGCUCCAGACGUACUACCACAUGCGAAUGCUCCGCAAUGACAUCUAUGCGGUUCCAACAUUCGACAAGGACGCAAAAUCGUCGAUAGUGCGCGCGGCACAGGAGAUAUUCCAGGCACUUGAGGUUGGCGAUGGGAAGCCGAUCAGCCACCAAAUCUUGGUCGAGGUGUUGAGGAGCAACAGCAUUGGCGCAGUACCCGCCACGCACACCCGUGAGCUUUGUGGUGCGGUACGCCGAGAAAUCGCUGAUGCCACCCUGGACACUGUUGCCGAGGGCAUGGCUCGCCGCUUAUUUUCUGGUCAGAUACGCCGGACUGUUGCGUACCCCGAUAUCCCGUUUUCAGAGACCAGAGUAGACGAGUACUUUGAUCUUGCGCUGCAGAUCGGGGACGGCGGGAGCCUGAGCAGCGCGUUGGACGAGUACUGCAAGACAAAGCAGAUGCGGCCAGAGGACAUUCCGGGUCUCCAGCCUGGCGAACGGGUCAACGCAUUGCAGAGCAUCUGCUUUGAAAGCUUUCCACCGGUCUUGCACAUCCACUUGAACAGAUUCAAGCUGGACCACGUCAAAAGGAAGGUGGUUGGCAACCCAAACAGAUUCGAAUAUCCAGAAACAAUAGACCUCAGCGAGUUUAUGCCCAAUGACGCUGGGGCCCGAAAGACGUGGACAUACUCGCUGUACGCCGUAUACUACUACACAGUACGUGGUGCAGGAAGGCCAGUAUUUGUCUCCAACAUCGCUGCUGGCCCGCCAGGAAAGUGGCUCUGGGUUGGCGAGCACACAGUGGUGCCGAUCCGCAAGUACGAUGUGCUCUCCCUUGAUCACGAGCCUGAUCCUGUGCCGAUUGCACGAGGAGAACCGCUGGUCCCAUUCAACAAGGCUGACAGGGUCUGUAUGCUGAUGUAUAUUCGCGACGACCUUCGCGAUAUUGUUAUCAACUCCAAUGAAUCGUGGCGACUCAACCAGGCGCUCAGAGCACGGUCUACCCUUAUGACAUCGCUGGGUGAUGCAGACGACAACAUACCGCUUGCGAAGCUGCAGCUGAACGAUCGCCCACUGAGUGAAGUGUCAGCAACAGAUACCCAGAGUCUUGCAACCGUUGUAUCGCAAACCAGCUCUAGUGGUCCUGAGGCAAAGGCAGAGGAGACGAUGGACUCGGGAGUUCUGACCGACCCAGUAGCCGAAGAGCAGCAAAAGCCGCAGAUGAUAUCCGUGCGCAUUGUCGGCCGUGCCCACUUCCAGACUCACCAGGGCUUCGAUCUCUACAACUUUGACUGCCCGCCCUCACCGCCAGCCAAACAGCCCUUGGAAAUGGAGCUGCCGCCCAACUACCUGCUGAGCGAGCUGCGCCAGCUUUAUGCAAUGUGCAUGCAUGUAAACAAGGCAUCCAUGCGUCUCUGGUUCCUGGUGCAGCGGCCCAACGGCACAAUCCGCUGCAACCAUACAAUCGAGUCGCGCACAGAAAAGACCCUAGGCGAAGUGGUUGACAUGUACUCGCGGGAUCCCCAUUUGGCGCGCUUUUACUGUGAAGUCGGCGAAAUCCGCACUCCGCGCGCGUUUCUUUCCUUCACCGAGCCCGCGGAUCUCUGUGCUAUCUGCAUCAAAUUCUACAACCGCCAGCUGGACCGCAUUGUUGGGCUUGGAUUGCUCUAUGUGGAUCUGGAGAAGAAGGUCAAGUCAGUCUUCUCGAUAGUGCGAAAGAUGGCCAAAGUUGAUUUAGGAGCUUCGUUUGUGGUAUAUGAGGAGGUGGGCCCAGGCAAGGUCAAUAGGCUGGAUCCGGAGCGCACGUUCAUGUUUUCGCAGAUACUAGUCGGCGAUGUACUUUGCUUCGAGCUAAAAUCAAACACCAGCGGACCUGGUCAGAUUCCCGAGAGAUCUGCCCUUGGGUUCUAUGCACGAAGGGCAAAGGAGUUGGGGCUGGAUCUGAACGAUAGAGCUGAAGGCUCGAUCUUCUAAUACAUUGCCCGAUAUCCC